AGUGCGCAGAGCAAGCGAGCGAACAAGCGUGCGUGUGAGUGAGUGUGUGCGAGACCUUGCUCACAGGCACUCCAUCAUCAGCUAUACCCUGCAGCCUCUCUCACUCUCUUAUCCUCCUCCUGAAGAGAGAGAGAAAGAGAGAAUCACGCAACACGCCAGAAAGAAGAAGUGGAGAAGAUAAAAAAAACUCUCUCCUCUCUGCACUGCUCUUUUGCUGAGCGUGAGAGGGAAGGGAAGAGGGAGAGAGAGGGAGGCAGUGAGCUACAGAAAUAAAACAGUGCUUCUUGUCGUCCGUGCUGCUUUCUCUGCUGUGGCUCCAGCCCACAGAGCUCUGAUUGCCAGUACUAGAGCAGUAGCAGUGUCUCUCUCUCUGCAGACUGCAGCCUGAGGAAGAGAGGAUGCUUAAUAACAUGACAGACACCGAGGAGGGAGAGGGGGGACCCAACAGCCAGGGCGAUGGGAACCCCAAGGAGAGCAGUCCCUUCAUCAACAGCAGCAGUGCCAGCGACGUGGAGAAGAGCCAGCAGUACGAUGGCAAGAACAUGGCCCUGUUUGAGGAGGAGAUGGACAACAGUCCUAUGGUGUCGUCCAUACUUAGCAGUCUAGCCAACUAUUCCAACCUGCCUCAGGGCAGCAAAGAGCACGAGGAGGCCGAGAACGAGGAGGGGGCGGCACCAUCCAAAAAAAAACCUGCUGUCAAGGCACCAUCGCUGGGCACUCUGAUGGGGGUGUACCUACCCUGCAUCCAGAAUAUCUUUGGUGUGAUCCUGUUCCUGCGGAUGACCUGGAUGGUGGGCAUCGGAGGGGUCUUUGGCUCCUUCAUCAUCGUCUUCAUGUGCUGCUCCACGACCAUGCUGACAGCGAUCUCCAUGAGUGCCAUCGCAACGAAUGGAGUGGUGCCAGCCGGAGGCUCCUACUACAUGAUCUCCCGUUCCCUGGGGCCUGAGUUUGGCGGAGCUGUCGGAAUCUGCUUCUAUUUGGGGACUACUUUUGCGGGUGCCAUGUACAUCCUUGGUGCCAUCGAACUUCUGCUGAUUUACAUCCUUCCCCAGGCGGCCAUUUUUAAGAUGGAGGGUCUGGAAGGGGCUGAUAUGGAGGCAGCGAUGCUGAACAACAUGCGCGUGUACGGCACCAUUGUGCUCAGUUUCAUGGCCACGGUGGUGUUUGUGGGGGUCAAAUAUGUCAACAAGCUGGCUCUGGUCUUCCUGGCGUGCGUUAUUCUGUCCAUCCUGGCUGUUUAUGCUGGGGUCAUCAAGACGGCCUUUGAACCCCCUGUUUUCCCCGUGUGCAUCCUGGGGAACCGCACUCUGAUCUCCAAGGGAUUUGACGUGUGUGCCAAGGUCAUUGAGAGGGACAACGGCACGGUCACCACCAAGCUGUGGAAGAUUUUCUGCGACUCAGAGUUCCUCAAUGCUACCUGUGAUGAGUACUUUGCCAACAACAAUGUUUCUGAGAUCCAGGGCAUCCCAGGGGUUAGCAGUGGUAUACUGGCUGAGAACCUGUUUGGUUACUACCUGGAGAAGGGAGACUUCUUGGAGAAACGGGGGAUGUCAGCCAUGCAGGACCCUGACGCUCCCAUCACCAACUCCAACCGUUAUGUCCUGGCUGACAUCACCAGCUUCUUCACCCUGCUGGUGGGGAUCUAUUUCCCCUCUGUCACAGGCAUCAUGGCUGGCUCUAACCGCUCUGGAGACCUGCGCGAUGCCCAGAAGUCCAUCCCCAUAGGCACAAUAGCAGCCAUUACCACUACUUCUAUAGUGUACAUGUCUGCCGUGGUCCUGUUUGGGGCCUGCAUUGAAGGGGUGGUCCUGAGGGACAAGUUUGGUGAGGGGGUGGAUGGUAACCUUGUAAUUGGUACCCUGGCGUGGCCUUCACCAUGGGUGAUCGUGAUUGGCUCCUUCUUCUCCACCUGUGGGGCAGGGCUUCAGAGUUUGACUGGAGCGCCACGCCUCCUGCAGGCCAUCUCCCGCGAUAGUGUAAUCCCUUUCCUUAAAGUUUUUGGGCAUGGCAAGGCCAACGGAGAGCCUACCUGGGCCCUACUCCUCACAGCCAGUAUCUGUGAGAUCGGCAUCAUCAUCGCCUCUCUGGACGCUGUUGCCCCCAUCCUCUCCAUGUUCUUCUUGAUGUGCUACAUGUUUGUCAACCUGGCCUGUGCCCUGCAAACUCUGCUGAGAACCCCCAACUGGAGGCCUCGCUUCAAGUUCUACCACUGGGCUCUCUCCUUCCUGGGCAUGAGCUUGUGUCUGUCGCUCAUGUUUAUCUGUUCCUGGUACUACGCCAUUGUUGCCAUGGUGAUUGCUACCUGCAUCUACAAAUACAUUGAGUUCGCUGGGGCAGAGAAGGAGUGGGGAGAUGGUAUACGUGGCAUCUCACUCAGCGCUGCUCGCUUCGCCCUCAUGAGGCUGGAGGAGGGACCGCCUCACACCAAGAACUGGAGGCCUCAGAUUAUGGUUCUGGUGAGCAUGGAUUCAGAACAGAAUGUGGAGCAGCCCCGUCUGCUGUCCCUGACCAAUCAGCUGAAAGCAGGAAAAGGUCUUACCAUCGUGGGUACCUCAGUGGUGGGCACCUUCCUCAACAACCAUGCAGAGGCCCAGAAGGCAGAUCAGUCUCUGAGGAAGCUGAUGGAGACAGAGAAGGUGAAGGGUUUCUCCCAGGUGGUGAUCUCCUCCAACCUGAGGGAUGGGACCUCCCACCUGAUCCAGGUCGGGGGGCUGGGAGGCCUGAAGCACAACACUGUGCUGGUCAGCUGGCCACGCACCUGGAAACAGGCAGAGGACAAUCUGCGCUUCAGGAACUUCAUCGAGGUGGUUAGGGAGACAACUGCAGCAAGCAUGGCUCUGCUGGUCCCUAAAAACAUCGCUGCCUACCCGUCGAACGGAGAACGCUUCACUGAAGGCCACAUUGACGUGUGGUGGAUCGUCCAUGAUGGAGGCAUGCUGAUGCUGCUGCCCUUCCUUCUCCGCCAGCACAAGGUUUGGAGGAAGUGUAAGAUGCGCAUCUUCACCGUGGCCCAAAUGGACGACAACAGCAUCCAGAUGAAGAAAGACCUGAUCACCUUCCUGUAUCACCUGCGUAUCGAUGCCGAGGUCGAGGUGGUGGAAAUGCAUGACAGUGACAUCUCAGCCUAUACGUAUGAGAAGACCCUGGUGAUGGAGCAGCGCUCCCAGAUCCUCAAACAGAUGCACCUCACCAAAAAUGAGAUGGAGAGAGAAAUCCAGAGCAUCACUGAUUCAUCCCGUGGUUCUAUCCGUCGUAAGAACCCGUCUAACUUGCAGUCUCAGCAGAGCAGUGAGGAGCCGGCAGGAGUCAGCGUGGAGGAGAAACCAGAGGAGGAGUCUGUGGCUGUCUCCCGCCCUAAACAGGUGCAGCUGAUCCACAAUAAGAACCCCACAUCCCCCACCACGCCCGCAGGGAGCGCUGCCACCCCCGGGUCGGAGGUGCAGAUGACCUGGACAGACAAGGCUGAGACCCAGGCUGCAGCAGGCCACCCAGAGCAGGGCGGGGUCAAAGACAUCUUCAACAUGAAGCCGGAGUGGGAGAGCCUGAACCAGUCCAACGUGAGGCGCAUGCACACAGCGCUGAGGCUCAAUGAGGUCAUCAUGAAGAAGUCCAAGGAGGCCAAGCUAGUGCUGCUCAACAUGCCUGGACCACCCAAGAACCGGAACAAUGAGACCAAACCCAUGGACAACGCACUGUACCGAGAUUACCCAUACUUUGCUGACAUUCAGGUGAUGAUAUUCAUUGGAUUUGGGUGCCUUCUGGCCUUCUUCCGUCUCUACGGCUUCAGUGGAAUGGUCUUCAAUUUCCUGACGGCCACCUUCGCCAUCCAGUGGGCCAUCCUGGUACAGGGCUACUUCCAGUUCAGCCAUGCUGGGAAGAUCCACCUGGGGGUCAUCAACCUGAUCAAUGCUGAGUUUGCCUGUGCCGUGGUGCUCAUUUCCUUCGGGGCUGUCCUGGGAAAGACCAGCCCAGUGCAGCUCCUAGUCAUGGCCCUGCUGGAGGUCCCAGUGUUCUCAGUCAAUGAAUGGGCCGUGCUCAAGUACCUGAGGAUCAACGAUGCAGGGGGAUCGAUCCUCAUCCACCUGUUUGCCUGCUAUUUCGGCCUGGGUGCAACAUUUGUCCUGUACAGGCCACGUCUGAACGAGGGUCACGCCAAGGAGAACACCAGCUACCAGUCAGACAUCCUGUCAGUUAUGGGCACCCUGUUCCUCUGGGUGUUCUGGCCCUCCUUUAACUCGGCUCUAACCCUGAAGGGAGACGACCAGCACAGGGCCAUCCUGCACACCUUCAUAGGCCUCAGCUCCUCCACCCUCACCGCCUUCGCCCUCUCUGCCAUGCUCAACAAGAACGGCAAGAUUACAAUGGCCGACAUCCAGAACGUGACCCUGGCGGGCGGGGUGACAGUGGGGGCGUCGGUGGACAUGAUGAUCUCCCCUGCGGCUGCGUACGCACUGGGUGUGAUGGGCUGCAUCGCCUGCAUGCUGGGAUACAAGUACCUCAGCCCCUUCCUGGCCCGCCACCUCCGGAUCCAGGACCAGUGUGGUAUCCACAACCUGCAUGGCCUCACAGGACUCAUAUCCUGUGCCGCAGGGAUAUGUGCCAUCCUGACAGCCACUGAGGAGGUGUAUGGACCCAGCAUGUAUGAGAUCUUUAGCCACAGGGCACCUAUGGAAGGAGAUCCUAAGCUUCUGGAGCUCCAGGAGUUGAUCCCUGGUCUGCAGCCAGGUCUGGGGCGCAGUGCCAGGGAACAGGCCCUCUACCAGGUGGCAGCUGUGUUCUCCACUAUGGGAGUGGCAGCACUAGGGGGCAUAUUGACAGGCUUUGUGUUGAAGCUGCCGUAUCUCGCAUCACCCUCAGAUGACCACUGCUUUGAUGAUGAGCUAUUUUUCAAUGUUCCGCCUCAUUAUGAUUGUCCGAUGGCCCUAAAUGGUCAAAUCAAAACUGACGAUUCGACAGCAUCAUAGGGUGCUAGCUAUGCAUUUAGUUGUAUAAAUAAGUUUAAUGCUGAAUGACGGUAAAACAUUUAAAUUGAUUAGAUAAUCAUGCAGUUUAGCAAUAGAAUAAAUCCUCAUUCGUGGUUAAUGUACUCUGUGAUCCAUUUCUCUUUCUUGCACUUUUUUAUUUUACAAUCCCACAUGAGAGGUUUUAUGAACACAAACUUGGUUUUGUAACCAAAUUAACCACUGGGUUUUUAUUUGUACUUAUUUUAAGAUGUUUUAGUAUGCAAGUCUAUGUCUCGCUGCUUAAUGAAAUCCAUUUGUCUAUUUUUAGUGGUUUGUAAAAGUGCGUCAUCUCAUACUGACUACAGUAGCCUCACACACCUGACUGUUAAAUGUAUUGAGGUCAGAGGGCUUUUGUUUUCAAGUGUGGUACAACAUUGGUAAUUUUAUGUCAAAUGACCUGAGAAUGAAUACAAUUUUGCGGUUAGCAAAAAAAUUGCAAAUGUGGGCACUCAAACCACAUGAUUAUAUCAUUCAUACAAUGUAAAUUAACAUAAUACAGAAUAUUGACACAUCCACAUUCACAUAAUACAGAAUAUUGACACUAAUGUGAUGACUCUAUUAAUAAAGAAUCUCUCAUUUUACAAUCCCACUAUUGCUUUACACUGUUCCUGCAGUCCUCCUUGCAAUGUUUUAUUGUGUAUAACUCAGAUUUAGAUCAUGUUUAGUGGAGUGGUGAAAGGUAUUUUACAGCUCCUUAAAGGGUCACAAAGUCUGAUGGCCAACAUGCAGUAAGCUAGUAUGCAACUAAGGUGACCCUUUAGCAUGCAGAGAGGCCUUGAGUGCAAAACUCUUAGCUCGGGACUAAUAUUUUUCCUGGUUAGGAAAUUCUCCUGAUCUUGUGAAUUUAUUUCCUGACAUCAAACAAGUGUUUGAAAAUUGAAAGAGGUUGUUAUUCUACAGCCAAAUUACAGUCGUGAAGAGCCAGACAUGUUUAUUCACCACAAAAAAAACUAAAUAAAUAAAAGGUUGGCUACAUAGCUCUGGGGCCUGUUGCACAAAACUAGGAUAAGGGAUUAAGCCAGGAUAUCUUGGUGAUCCUGGCUCAAUUGAUCCGUAAUCCGGUUGCACUAAAGAUGGAUAGGGGGCAGGAGGAUAUGUUAUGGUAUAAAUUACCAUGGAGAUUUAUUCUGUGGAGCUAGCCUGCUCCAGACCAGGCUAAAUUCCAGGAUCUAUUUAAUCUCAUCCCUAAUGUCAGUCAGCAGUCACCACAAAUGGAAACCAAUAGUUAUUUCACUGCUCACUAUACAUUGUUAUCACAUAUAACUAGACCCACUGUUAUUAUUUAAACGUUUGUGAUCAUUAAUUUCAAUGAUUUUGGAUAAAAAAUGAUUUUUAGAUGAUGUUGCUAUCAUUAGAUAAUUUACAGUUUCCCAUAGACUAUAAGGCUAUAUAUAAAAUGAUAGAAUAUUAGGGCCACAGAGGGGAAAAAAACACAAGUCAUAAUAUUGUAACCAGUUGUUUUAAAGGAGGACAGUUGUUAAAAUGACAGAUGUGGGGCAUUUCGUGAAAUUGUACUUCAGUAUGGUUUCAUAAACAAAGACAUGCUGAUGUGCCAGAAUAUUAAGUAUCACAUUGUCAUAAGUAUCAAAACUGUAAAAACAAUAUGUAGCUUUUCUGCAGAAAGAACCAGCCUCAUAAAUGUAUGACUUUAUCCUUUUUCUUCAGUGUGGCCCUAGUACUCUGUCAUAUAAACAAAUACACAUUCCA